AUGUCCAUUUCCCCAUGCCGCACAUCAUACAAGAAAUCCUCCUCGGCCCUCAAACGCCCUCUGUCUCCUGAGCCUGCGGCAGAGGACUACGACCAGAGCCUGAAGCGCGCCAAGACUUCAACAUCACGCUUCGUUGUCGUCGAUGAAUCGCCUCUCCCGGCCGCGGCGGCUCGUGCGGAGGUGAAGAGGGAACGUGAACGGCAGAAGGACAAGGAACGCAUGGUUCGAGAAGAGACUUUUAAGGCCAAGUACAGUCGGGCUUUCCCUUCGUGGACCUUCUACUUCGAUUUCGACUCGAACACUCCGGAGACUGCUGCGAUAAGGAGCCAGUUGGAGAAAAGGAAAUCCGAGGAUUUCUUCUCCAAAGACAUCACUCACUUCAUCACCCUGCACGACAUUGACGACAAAGAGAACAAGGAGAAGAGCACCACGAAACGAGGUGCGUCGGCGUCGGCAUCGACCUCAGCAGCCCCUGGUGGUUUGCUUGGGAGUCCCAUCAAACUGCGUGGACGCGCUCCUGCUGGAGCUGGGGGCGACUCCUUGCUGGACAAAGCAAGAUCGUUCAACAUGAAGAUCUGGUCUGCAAACAAACUGCACAACAUCCUCGAUCGCUGUGAUGCGCCUCGUGGUCCGUCUGGGACGACCGGCUCUCUCCCUAGUCGCCAUGAUCCCCUCGCAACGCUACUCAAGUCCGAGCAGUUGCAUGGCACGAUGGAACGUGACCCGACGCAGCGCCGACCCGACUGGACCUACUUUAGCAAGAACACAUACUUCGUUCUUAUUGAGGACCUACGUCAAGAGCUCGCCACGAUCAACGCAACAGAGUACCCGAUCACUCGCACCAAGGACGGCCGCGAGAUUGGCGGCUGGCCCGUCCUGCACUGUCACCCGCUCGCCCGCGGCCCGUUCCUCCUCUACGAUGAACGUGAAGAGCGUCGCCGGGUCAAAGCCGAGCGGUCCGAGAAGGAGCGCAUCGAGGACCGCGCGCGGCGCAAGCUCCGUCUGCAACUGCACAAGCGCAAGGCGCAGCAGCAGCUCGUCCGCGCCCGGGCGCUUCAGACGCACCAGCUCCAUGCGCAGGCACAAGCCCAUGCGCAGCACCAGCACGAUCUCCGCCGGAGCGCGUCCCUCAACAACCUUCGCCGCCGCGCAACCGCGCCCGACGCCUCUGCAGCCUCCAAGCACCCCGACAUCGACCUCGACGACGAGUUCCCAGACGACGAGCGGGAGGGAGCCCAGGCCCGCGACGAGUCCGUCAUCGCCUCGGGCUACCUCGCUUCGGGGGCGUACAUGGCCGCCUCUGGGAACAGCGUAAGCCUCACGUCCACAACCGGGACCACGUCCACCGGGGGCACUCUCCUCCGCUCGCUGCAACUCCCCCCGGGCUUCAAGGAGAAGAUGCAGAACCAAGUACCAAUGAAGCGCCUCGGGUCUGGUGUGGGCCCGUCCGUAGACCGGGCAAACAAGGAGAACUCCAUGGGCCCCCCAACGACGAUUCCGGCGCAGGCCAAGCCGCUCCGGAAGAGCAAGAGUACAACGACGCUCAAGCUGCCGCAGCGCGACGAGGCGACGAAGCCCGGCUACUGCGAGUGCUGCCGCCUCAAGUUCGAGGAUUUCCGUGAGCACGUCCUCACGAAGAAACACCGCAAGUUCGCCGCGGACGAUAACAACUUCCGCCGGCUCGACCAGUGCCUCGCGCGCGUUCGUCGACGCACCGUGCACGAGGUGCGCAUCGCAAACGAGCACUUCCUGCGGGAGGCGUACGACACCGAUGCGGAGGGCGAGGACGUAGAGGGCGAUUCGGAUUCCGUCCUCCCGCAGCUCGCUGGCACCGACGAGGAUGUGCAGUGGGACGAGUGGUUGCAUGCAGGCAAGACCGAGAUGGAAGCUUGA